AUGCCACGAGUCUCAAAUAUAGCUCGGCUCUUUUGCGCGUUCGUUUUUGCGGCUCAAGCAUAUGCUGCUAAUCUUCCACCGCCACUACAACCUGAUAAGCGACCUACAGUUCGUCCCUCUCCGAUUGUAGAUCCUAUCCCUAUAACGUGUACUACAUCAACCGUUAGUAUAGGAUGUGGAAAAAACGCUUGUCAAAGUGCUUGGGCAACAGCUUUCACAUCCUCUAAUGCCUACGUACAAUCAUUCUGUUCCUCAUUUACCUCCCCCGGACGCAGAAAACCCCUUGUAUUUGACAAUAAAGGACCCGCAGGCGCAUGCACAAAAGGUCUUGGCAAUGCUGCAAUCCAAUCCUCCAUCUCAUCAGUCUGUUCUUGUUACGCUGGCCCCGGAGUUCCCACCACAGCAUUCAUAACAAUCUGUCCUACCUGUCCACCCAUCCAAACCCAAACCAUCACAACAUCUAUACCCACUCUCACUACCAUUAUUCGAACUGCCGAUGGAAUCAUCAAGACAGUGACCACUAUCAUUACACUAGUCGCCGACCAGGUCCUAUCAAAUCGCCUUACCACCACAACCACCCAAUUCAUCACGCGUUCCGAUCUCUCCGCCCCAUGUACCACUACCACAAAUGUCCUCACCACAACCCUAGUAACAGCCAUCUACGACUACUUCACCUACAUAACCACCACCUACCAAGCAGGUCGUUAUCCAUGCGAUACCACUCCUGGGUCACCGAGCGCCACUACCAUUACAGUAUACACACCAUACUGUGACCAAAUAUCCGAACGUAUCAUUACAGUCACCAGUACCGUUACAGCCGGUCUUCCAUUCUUGCCUCCCUCGUCUGCAACGUGUGAACCAACGACUACAACAACGGUAACUUUAGUUAUUGAUCCUAUGCCCAUCGAAUACACAAUUACCGAGACAGUAACGGCUGGAGUCUGUACAGCGAAGACAACAGAGACUAGUACUACUACCUGGGAUGAUAAUGGAUUUUGGCCCACACCUACUCCGUCGACUUCCUCGCCAAUUAUAAUUGAUGAUGGGGGAUUGACUUGGAGGGAAACUUUGGUGGCGCCAAGUCAGGCUACUAGCACAAGCAUUCAGUAG